AAGAAGAAUCGUACAAAAUGUACCCAGAAUUCCGCAGAAGCAGCUGCUGUUACGCCAGAUCACUUAAAAGACGGAACACCAUUCUCCAGCAAAAGACAGCGACAGGCACACUUUCUAUAGGACGCAGCUCAGAUUGCUGGUUAAGAGCAGAGAACAGGCCUCCCUGCCUACUGAAGACAAAGGCUUCUUGCAGGACAGGGUUAGGAUGACCCCCCGCGGGCUCAAGCCUCUUUCCCUCGAAACCUCGUGAUGUUCGACCUUUUGGUGGUCUACACCUGAGUAGACCCCCCUCCCAGAGAGAGAGCCCCUUCAAAGCCACGGCAACCGAGGGAAACACACCCCUAGCAAACACACAGCGAGCAUCUCCGGCUUGCGCCCCGAAGAGGAAGGAUGCUGGACCACUGGGCUGGAAAGAGAAGCAGGGACGGAACCGGACGCCGGAGCCAAACCGGAGCGAAACCCGAUCGCCUACCUUGAGCAACUGGAAUGGGCUUCGGAGCGCCUUGUGGUCCCGUCUUCUGGAUCUCAGGGAGGAGACGGAUGCGACCCUCCUGUCCGGCUCUCAAGCUCCGGGAAGUGGCCUCCAUGUAUCUCACCAUGCUUGCCGUCUUCCUAGUCGUCUUGGUGGCUGCCUUGCAGGGCACGGACCCGCCCGAGAAUUCCUUCCCCUACCGAGUGCCUCUGGACCCCGAGGGGGUCUUGGAGCUCUCGUGGAACGUUAGCUACCCCCUGGAAGAGGUGCAUUUCCAGAUUCUGGCCAGGGAGCUGAAAUACGGACUCAUCUUUGGCAUGUCGGACCGAGGCGACUUUGAAAACGCUGACCUGGCCGUCCUUUGGAGCAACGGAGUCCGAUCCUAUUUUGCGGAUGCGUGGAGUGACCAGAAAGGGCGCCUGCACAUGGAUUCCCAGCAAAACUACAAACUCCUUGGAGCACAUAAAGCUCCAGAGGGACUCUAUCUGCUCUUUAAAAGGCCCUUUGGAACGUGUGACCCCAAAGACUAUCUCAUAGAGGAUGGCACUGUGCACCUGAUCUAUGCGAUUCUGGAGAAACCGGUCCCUUCCCUCGAAGACAUCAACAUGUCCGGGAUCCUCCGGAAAGGCCUACAAAGAGUACAGUUACUGAAGCCCAAUAUUAGCCUUCCUGAGCUGCCUGGGAACCUGAAAACCAUGGAGAUCAGAGCCCCAGAUGUGGUCAUCCCCAACCAGGAGACCACAUAUUGGUGCUACAUGACAGAGCUUCCAGACGGCUUCCCAAAGCAUCACAUUGUCAUGUAUGAACCGGUGAUCACCGAGGGCAACGAAGCCAUAGUCCACCACAUGGAGAUCUUCCAGUGUGCUGCGUCGUUUGAAACUUUCCCGCGCUACAGUGGGCCCUGUGAUUCCAAGAUGAAGCCCGAGCGUCUGAACUACUGCAGGCAUGUGCUGGCUGCCUGGGCCAUGGGCGCCCAGGCUUUUUACUACCCCGAAGAGGCAGGACUUGCCUUUGGAGGUCCCAGCUCCUCCCGCUAUCUGCGCCUGGAAGUUCACUACCACAAUCCCCUGAAGCUCAAGGACCACCGCGAUUCCUCAGGGAUCCGCCUCUACUACACAGCCUCUCUCCGACCGAAUGAUGCUGGCAUCAUGGAACUGGGCUUGGUAUACACCCCGGUGAUGGCCAUCCCACCUGGCGAAAGCAGUUUCAACCUGACGGGAUACUGCACUGAUAAAUGCACGGAGAUGGCUUUGCCAGAGACUGGAAUUCACGUCUUUGCUUCUCAACUUCACACCCAUCUGACCGGAAGACGUGUGGUUACGGUGUUAUCACGACAAGGGAGAGAACAGGAAAUCCUGAACAUAGACAACCACUACAGUCCUCACUUUCAGGAGAUCCGCAUGUUAAAGAAGAUAGUGCACGUUUUCCCGGGUGACGUAUUGACAACCACCUGCACUUACAACACAGAGGAGAGGACCCAAGCAACUGUGGGCGGUUUCAGCAUCACGGAAGAGAUGUGUGUGAACUACAUCCACUACUAUCCCCGGACAGAGCUGGAGCUCUGCAAAAGUGCGAUAGAUCUGGGCUACCUGCGUCGCUAUUUUAGCCUUGUGAACAGGUUUGAUGACGAGGAAGUCUGCACAUGCCCGGAGACCUCUGUCACACAGCAGUUUUCCUCUGUCCCCUGGAACUCUUUUAACAGAGAUGUCCUGAAGUCCCUCUAUGACUUUGCUCCGAUUUCUGUGCAUUGCAAUAAAUCCUCUGCUGUCCAAUUUCCGGGCGAAUGGGAGAAGCAGCCUCUGCCCACCAUCACGGAGCGCCUGCCAGAUCCAGCGCCACACUGUGAGCAUGACCCGCACCCCCUUCCCACAACGCCGGCACUUGUUAAACUUGAGAAGGCGGCAGCAAAAUGAGGGGCUGGUCCUCAGUUGACCGAGGACCAAACUAGAGACAAGAGCCCCUGGUGGCGCAGUGGUAAAACUGCCGCCCUGUAACCAGAAGGUUGCAAGUUCGAUCCUGACCAGGGGCUCAAGGUUGACUCAGCCUCCCAUCCUUCCGAGGUCGGUAAAAUGAGUACCCAGAAUGUUGGGGGCUAUAUGCUAAAUCAUUGUAAACCGCUUAGAGAGCUCCGGCUAUAGAGCGGUAUAUAAAUGUAAGUGCUAUUGCUAAUAUUGAUUGCACCCUUUGGCCUUGUGUCUGUCUCUGCUUAAGAAAGUAAAGUGGCCGCUGUGGGGAAGGCGAGACCCAAAUUGGGGAUGGGGGUAUUAACUCUCUGCUCAGGCAACACCCCCAAUCUGGACUGGGGCUCCUAGAAUCCGAUGGGAGCCGAAUGGGCACCCGAAAUGGAUUGGGGCCACGGAGGCCCAAAAGGCUCCAAUCCCUCCAGCGCCAAGGUCCUGACCUUGAUUUGGGGUUUCUCACAGCUGCUUUUUAUAUACCGCGUUGACCUGAAUCCAAGACUAGUCCGCCCCGCCCCCCGCACCAGUUCUUUGAUGUUAGAAAUUAAAUUCCUAUGCUAAAAUCUUCCUCUUAAAGUCAGAGUCCUCCUCCUUGAAGAAGCCACUGCCAGUCUGUGUAGACGAUACGGAGCUACAUGCACCUAGGGUUUGACUCCGUAGGAGGCUGCGUUUCCUGUGUUCUGGACACCGCCUGCCACAGCUUGCCCCUUCUGAGCUGAUAAGCCCUUUUCCCGGCAGCCUUGACUGUUUGCAGUUUCUUUUUUUAAAAAGAUGUCCAGAAUGCGACCCACCCACCCCUCCCCGUCCGACUGCUGUGUCAUUCUGGAGGCUAUAGCUAACGCUGCUGUCUUCUCACCUCUGAGCUUAGGCCUUGGGUGACUCACCAGACAGUCCACACUGAUUAGGGAGAUGCCAAGGAGACAUGAAGGUUAGCUGCUCUGUAGCCAAAGAGGAGAGAUCUCUGUUCAUGCCAUAAUAUUGGAGCACAGCUUGGAAGUCACAGCUGCAGACUAGGGAGGUGGCCUUCUGCGUACGGGAUGGCCUCAUCUGUGGACUCCCUGCCACUUGAUCUUUGGGUAGAAUCUUCCGUGGCCAUUUUUAAACAGCUCACCAAUGUUCUUAUCUCAGCACGCCUUACCCACAGCUGCUUCUGCUGUUUAGUAGUUUUACUCAGUUAUAAACUGGUUUUUAUGAUGCUGGUGCAAUAUUUGUUUAUAUGGGGAUUGGGCCACAGCAUCUGUUUUGCGUGCCGAAGGCUCCAAAUUCCCUCCCUGGCGGCAUCUCCAAGAUAGGGCUGAGAGAGACACUCCUGUUUGCAACCUUGGAGAAGCCGCUGCCAGUCUGGGUAGACAGUACUGAGCUAGGUAGACCAAGGGUCUGACUCAGUAUAAGGCGGCUUCCUAAUUUAUUUCCUUAUUCUAUUUUGUGUGUGUGUGUGUGUGUGUGUAACGCCUUUUUAGUGUUUGUUAUUCUGUUACAUUUUUUGGUCCGGCUGUCCUGUUUAGUUCAUGAACCUGCUAGAUUAAAACCAAAAUUGAAGAUUAAUAUUAAAAUUUCAUAUCAAUUGAAAAGGUAUCCCUAAUUAGAGAGCAGACUCCACUUUAGAAGAGGCCUCAGCUGAUUCAGACAUUAUGCUGUAUGAGUGUAUAGAUACCUGUACACCCAUACGUGUGUUUGUGUGUGAAUGACUGUACCUGGGUUCUUUUAACAAGUGAACCUGGAUAGAGGCCCUUCGAAUGCAUGAUAUAAAUGGGAAGCAUUAUGCUGUACCUGCGUUCAGCAUAUCAUGUGAAUGACUGUACCUGUGGACAGAUCUGUACUUGUGUACACUGAGUGUGGAACAUAACGUGUGAAUGGCUCUCUUCAGGUCAAUGCGUUCAGUUCGGCAUGCGUCUUCUAUAACUGCACUGUUUGUGGCCUCGGCAUGCAUCAUCAUCUCGAAAUAAAGGACUGUUCUAUUUUC